GCGAUGGCCGGGUGGCCCUGGGGCGCGCCGGGCGGGACCUUGAGGGGCAAUGGGUGCGCGCUGCUCAACGCCUCUCACCCCGCGCCCGGCGGCGGGGAGGGCGCGUGGCUGCGACCCUCGUGGCUGGCCUCCACGCUCGCCUGCAUCCUCAUCUUCACCAUCGUGGUCGACAUCCUGGGCAACCUCCUGGUCAUCCUGGCCGUGUGUCGGAACAAGAAGUUGAGGAACGCAGGAAAUAUGUUUGUGGUGAGCCUAGCAGUUGCAGACCUGGUGGUGGCUGUUUAUCCAUACCCGUUGGUGCUGACGUCUAUAUUUAACAACGGAUGGAGCCUGGGAUAUCUGCACUGCCAAAUUAGUGGUUUCCUGAUGGGCUUGAGUGUCAUUGGCUCAAUAUUCAAUAUCACAGGAAUUGCCGUUAACCGCUACUGCUACAUCUGUCACAGUCUCAAGUACGACAAGCUGUACAGUAACAAGAAUUCCCUCUGCUACGUGUUCCUGAUAUGGCUGUUGACCCUCAUGGCAAUCAUCCCCAACUUGCGUGUCGGAACCCUGCAGUAUGACCCAAGAAUCUACUCCUGUACGUUCGCACAGUCGGUCAGUUCAGCAUACACAAUAGCUGUGGUGGUUUUCCAUUUCAUAGUUCCUAUGAUCAUAGUCAUCUUCUGCUACCUAAGGAUAUGGAUCCUGGUUUUUCAGGUCAGACGGAGGGUGAAACCUGACAACAAACCCAAACUGAAACCGCAGGAUUUCAGGAACUUUGUCACCAUGUUUGUGGUUUUUGUACUGUUUGCCAUUUGCUGGGCUCCCCUCAACUUUAUUGGUCUCGCUGUGGCCUCAGACCCUGCCAGCAUGGUACCCAGGAUCCCAGACUGGCUGUUUGUGGCCAGUUACUAUAUGGCAUAUUUCAACAGCUGCCUCAAUGCAGUUAUAUAUGGACUACUGAACCAAAAUUUCAGGAAGGAGUACAGAAGAAUUAUAGUCUCACUAUGUACAGCCAAGAUGUUCUUUGUAGAUAGCUCGAAUGAUGUAGCAGAUAGGAUUAAAUACAAACCCUCUCCAUUAAUGACCAACAAUAACCCAAUAAACGUAGACUCUGUUUGAAAAAGCA